AUGAAAUGUGGAACUGUUCUUGAAGAAUCAAUUGUCGUAGCUGAGAAUCAGUUCCAGGAGAGAGCUGGUGGUACUGGUCAUACUCUAGUCGGUCAGUUUGUAUCUCUUGAACGAGGACAGGCUCAAGCACGAGCUGCCACUCAUGGAUUGGUCUCACAGGAGUCUCGAGAAGUCACUUUCGCGCGAGGCAGAAAACUUAUAGAAGAGAUAGCUAGUCAACUUCGUAUAAAUCAGCAUUGUAUUGAUACUUCUUACAACUUUUUCAAAAUGUCAGUCAGUCGUAAUCUCACUCGCGGACGCGUCAGAUCUCAUGUAGUAGCUGCCUGUCUUUAUAUGACUUGCCGUCUAGAAAACACAGCGCAUUUGCUCCUUGAUUUCAGUGACGUCACACAGGUAAACAUGUUUGAUCUCGGUCGCACGCUUAACUUUCUAUCUCGCUCUCUACGGAUUAAUUUGCCUUCCACGGAUCCCUGUCUUUAUAUUAUGCGAUUCGCGUGUCUGAUGGAAUUAGGAGAGAAACUGAAAGAG